UACCCAUUACAACCCAAACCCGAAACCGCUCUACAAACCAGAAAACAGAAAUCAGAAACCCCCGAUUUUUUCUCCAUCCUUCACCGUAAUGGAUUCCUUGCUAGCAAGCUACGCCUCCUCAGACGACGACGACGACGAGCGGCAACCACAACAACAACAUCACGCAGCUUCCUUCUCGUCCAAACAAACUGAACAGUCGUCGUCUUCUUCUUAUUCAAAGUUUUCUUCUUUUUCAUCGGUCGAUGAAGGUAACUCCGCGCCGGUCUCUGUAUCAAAAGCUUCUUCUUUAUUCUUUUCUCUUCCCCAACCUAAACAGAUCCCUCAAGUCCCCAAACACCCAGUUGAUGGUGGUAGACGGAAAGAUGAUCUGAAACCCUCGUCUGAACCCAACUCGUCUUCUCUUUUUUCGCGUCUUCCCCUGCCUAAAUCUCGAAAACCCGAAGAAUCCAUUUUCGAUUCGUCGUCUUUAGGCCCCACCCCAAAAAGGGUCGUUCAAUUCAGGCCUCCCAUUAGUCUUACCCCAGUUAAAUCCAUCGAGGAUGAGGACGAGGAAGAUGAUGGAGAAAAGGAGAGAAAGAGGCGCAAACAAUCGGAAUCUCAGGCUCAGCAUUCCUCUGUGAAGUCCUUCCUCUCCAGCAUUCCGGCCCCGAGGAAUUCCGGCACUUUAGGUGUUCUGCAGUCUUCAGGUCCGGCUCGAAGAUCCAUUGUUGAAACGGAAGCACCCCCGGCGAGUACCGGUGGUUCUGGAGAUGACAAUGAACCGAGUACCAAUCAAAAUGUUGAGAAUUUUGUCACCUACGAGUCAGGUAACAACCAAAGUGCCAUGAACUAUGCGCAACAUGAGGAGGUUGUGGAACACAGUUCAGUAAACUAUGAGUAUUAUGGACUGGGUGUUGGUCAAUAUCCGGCUAGUAAUGAGAACUACGGUGCUUAUGGGAGCUAUGACCAAAACGUUGGGAUUAGUGGUGAUGCUUCAGGUUAUGGAAGCUAUGAGAAUUAUGGUGCUUAUGCGAGUUAUGAUAAUCAAUAUGGGAAUACAUGGGAAGAUGGUUCUGGAACAACAAUGGUGCCCGAGGCAAAGGAGAUGGCUGAGAGUGCGGUGAAGGUGCCCGGCAAGAGAGGGAAGAACGAAGUUCCGACAGAGAUUGUUGAGGUGAAGCAGGAUGAAUUAAUGAAGAACCGGCCGAGAGAGGAUCAAAUGAAGUUGACCGGGAUUGCUUUUGGCCCUUCUUAUCAGGAAUAGUGUUGUUAAAAGGAAGAGUUUAAGAGAUGAGAUAGUUCCAAAGCUGUAGUUAGAUGUUUCCCUGGGGCGGCUGGAAGCUUUCUCCCUUGAGGAAAGGUACUUUGAAAAAUAUUAGGGGCCUGCGGGUAAUGAGGCAGCCAAUUAUGUUUUACAAUGAAUGGGUAUGAACUGUUGGCAAGGGGAUUAAUCUUCAUGAGUUGGACAGUUAACUCUAGGGGGUAAUAUUGAUAAGUGGUGAUUUUCCUGAUGUAGGAGUGAGAAUGAGUAGGUUUUCUAUCUUGCAUAAUUUCAGGAACUUAUCUGUUUCUUAUAGUAAAAAAUGUCCUAGGUCAGAAACCUCAUAGAGCUCUUUCUCCUGACUUCUGAUUAAUUCAUUGUCAUAAUUCCAUGAGCAAUUGCCACUUUUUUCUCCAUUUUUUUUAGACUUGUAUUUUGUGGAGUGUGACAUUUACUUUCUUGUUUUGGUCACGCACUAGCCUAGUGCUUUUUAUCUCUCUACCUUAUGGUGUACAAGGAAUACCAAGGAGUAUAUGGUGUUGUCAAGAGGCACUAUUUUACUGGUUUGUCGAUCAUGUGAUUGGCACAAAAUGUUAGGACUUUCUAAUUUCAUUUUCAACCAUAUCACAUUAUAUGGGACAAGCAAUUUUGUUUGCUUUGCAUGAGGCUUAAUCCAUG